GUAAUGUUCAUUCGUGUUCAGUAGUGUUCAUUAGUGUUCAGUAGUGUUCAUUAGUGUUCAUUAGUGUUCUUUUCUCAACGUAGUCUUUGUACCCUAGAUAUUUACUCACUGUGGAGCAGACAUACAUUUGAAAAUAUUCUCUAUUCAAGAUAUGGACAUCCAGGUCCAUUUGAACCAAAUGACCAGUCCAGAUCUGAACUCAGUCACAGUGUAAAUGAUAAUAUCAGUGACGUGUGGACUGCAUGUCAGAGCUCCACUGUCCUAGAGAAGAGAGCCACAAUGACAUAAUAUGUUGUGCAACACCUCACAGUACAGUAUACAGUUUAUAUACAGUAAUUGACUAGCAUUUCCUCUGCCAAAAUGUCCCAUAACAUUAUUGUACACAAUUUUACCCACACCCACAUGGCUUCUUUAGUUGAACAUUUUAGUAAUAUUUUUGCCUUGCCAAAGGAUGUGUUCACUACUGGGCUGGCGAACAUGGCGAAACACUGUCUAUGCUUAAUGUGGACAUCUAAGACUACUUGGACCAUGCCCCCACCCCACAGUUCAGUUCAGUGCUCUUGUCUCCUAGAGACCAUUGGGUUCGACCUGAUUACAUCCUGUCAUGCAGCAAGUCACCCACAGCUCUGCGUGGCCCUCUGCUGUCCUGAAGUGUGCUGUCGGAGCUCUGAGGGCUGAAAGGAGAUGCGUCUCACAGCAGGGAAUGGAGACCAGUAGCCUGGUGAUGUCACAGAUGGCACAACAGUUGGAAAUCUCUCUCCUCCCUCCACCCAAUGGUGGACUAGAUAGAGAGUCAAACCGGUAUCAGGUAGAAUGAUAUCCAUAAUACCUGGAGUCAAAUUACUUUUGAACUUUUAUGAGUAACAAUUUUUGUUUUGUUUUGUUUUUCACAAUAGAGCUGAGCAGAAAUUAUAUUCAGUUGUAAUGACUUUACUCUCUGUAACUCACUGCCGGCAAUAUAUAACCAUUUUCCACAAUAAAUGUUUUUUUUAUUUUUUAUUUUUUUUUUUAUGUAACUUUGUAAGAUAAAAUUGAAUUAUCAAAUGUAUCUAAUCAUAUCACAUUUAACCAAAUGUAUCAAUGAAGUAUAAUCUCAAGAAAAGGGCAGUCAGAAAACAGCAAGUAACUGGGACAACGGCCCAGAAGAGGUGAAAGGCAUGAGGAUAAAUCAAGUGGUCAAGUCUGGGCCACUUGAUAAGGGAAAGUGUCCAGACAUACAUGUCAGCAGAUUAAAAGCAGAACUUCUGUCAAUGGGAAAUACCACAAGAAUCAUGUGUUAUAACUAAGUGCAGAGUGGACGAGACAGUAUUUCACAAUCUUAAGAUCGAUAGAUGGGCGGCCCAAGGGCAAGAAGUGACAUCACAGAAUUAGGCCUUAAAAGUGCGAGCAUCUUCUGUUUAGACUUUAGAAUUCGCAUUCUCCGGCUUGCUUGACUGUACUGUUGACUGUCAAUUGAGCAAGUUGUUUUGUGUCGUUACCUACCAGUAAAACUCAACCUUGUUACAACAAAUUGCUUCGUAUGGUGGUUCCUCUCCGAAACAACACGCAGAGUAUUUUUUCCUAACAAAUUGGUGACACCGACGCUGAACUGAGGAGAGCUGGACCAACCAGACCCUCACCUGGAGCACGAGGCUCAGAGUGGGGCUUCGAGAUCUUUGGCGGCAGACAAAAAAGGCGCCUGCAAGAAAAAUAAGGUGAGGACAAACCUAUUUCAUUGAAUUGUCCAUAGAUUAGUAUAUUGAUUAGUUAGUUUUUGUCUGUCAUCUUGGAUCUUGAAGGAAGCAGCAAGUGCGAGUGGAUGGUGGAUAGUGAUACAAAAAUCCACAAAGCCUUUGUGAAUUGUCAGUUUUAAAUAAGAAAAAGCAUUAGUAGGUACUGUAAAAGGCCUGACUACCUAAACAUUAGGUUUAGAGGGAGGAGGGAGAUUAGUAGGUCUGCAUAAAAGGCCUGACUACCUAAACAUUAGGUUUAGAGGAAAGAGUGAGAGAUUAGUACGGACUGCGUAACAGACCAGAGUUCCUAAACGGGGGGUGAGCAUGGUUGACCCUUCCGCGUAGCAACUGAAGUAGAUAAUCGAAGUAGUGUCUGAGCUCGUUAGCCUACUCUUGACCUACAAUUUAGCCUACAUCCCGGAUGUGCUCACCCUCUGGGUUAGAGGUAAAGGAUAAGCGUGUAACGCGACCAAGCACGGUUAGCGCGUGUAAAGCGAGUAGCGCAAAUUUUUCAAAUGUAAAUAGGGCAAAGGCGUGUAAAUAGGAUAAAGAAAGGUAGAAUUGAGUGCAGAGAGACACACGGCUGGCACUGCGCCACGCACAGUUCUGUGUAUGAAUCAGGAGGAAGUUUGAAUUUUCAGACACCCGACUCCUGUCUUUAUACAGAACUAUAGGACAGAAGUGAAUAUUUGUAAGAGAUAGUCUUUCAAAAGAUAAGUGACUUGCAAAUAAAUAAUAGAAGUAAUACCCACAACUGUUGUGUUCAGCAAAAGUGUCAAAUUAAGAUCAGAAGUACUCAGAUGAUAGAUUAAAUCAGUGAUAUAGCACUGAUUUAACACUGAUAUAACACACCUUUGUUACGUCUGAAUGGGUAAGCUUUCGGUGGAUGCAAGAAUCCAACAAAAAGCCGGAUUAGUGGAUCAUUCAGACUAACUCAGUGUGUUUAGUAAAACCUUGUUUGUGUAUCUGCAAUUCCCUUCGGUGGGCUCAUGAACCCCUUGGCCGUACAGGAAACUGUACAAUAAGGCACCGGAUUGGCGAGGAGUGAUAAAAGCAAACAAGGUUCAGAAAACAAUUAAAAAAAAAAAAAAAAAAAAAAGAGAAAAGAAAACAGGGGGGCAGGCAUCCCAGUGACAGAGUAGAGCCUGGAGGUGUAAUAUUGCUUAUGCUGUGCUAGAAUGCUAAAGGAGGGUGAUUGAUAGAAUUGUGUAAAGUAAAACGAAAACUCACCCUAAACAUGUAACCUGGCUUCUUAGUGGCUUUUGCUUGGAGAAAUUGUUGACCUCAUAAAUGAGGUCAAAGGAGGGAAAUGUAAGAUAAAAUUGAAUUAUCAAAUGUAUCUAAUCAUAUCACAUUUAACCAAAUGUAUCAAUGAAGUAUAAUCUCAAGAAAAGGGCAGUCAGAAAACAGCAAGUAACUGGGACAACGGCCCAGAAGAGGUGAAAGGCAUGAGGAUAAAUCAAGUGGUCAAGUCUGGGCCACUUGAUAAGGGAAAGUGUCCAGACAUACAUGUCAGCAGAUUAAAAGCAGAACUUCUGUCAAUGGGAAAUACCACAAGAAUCAUGUGUUAUAACUAAGUGCAGAGUGGACGAGACAGUAUUUCACAAUCUUAAGAUCGAUAGAUGGGCGGCCCAAGGGCAAGAAGUGACAUCACAGAAUUAGGCCUUAAAAGUGCGAGCAUCUUCUGUUUAGACUUUAGAAUUCGCAUUCUCCGGCUUGCUUGACUGUACUGUUGACUGUCAAUUGAGCAAGUUGUUUUGUGUCGUUACCUACCAGUAAAACUCAACCUUGUUACAACAAAUUGCUUCGUAUGGUGGUUCCUCUCCGAAACAACACGCAGAGUAUUUUUUCCUAACAACUUUCAUCUCCAGGAUUGUGCACAAAGACAUGCAAACACUCACACUGACCGUCUAUGGUCAGACAUGCAGACAUCCUGAUUUAAAUUUUUUUUACUGCCGUUUGUUUCCCCCAGAUCUGUAGUCUGCGUCAAGACGUCCAGUAGGAUUAGAUGUAAUGAGCUUAUCUCGCCAAGCCCAAGCUCAGCUCCUGGGCGACGCUCCACAUGCAAGCUCUCCAUAGGAAUAUGGACACCAUUUAUGUAGCACUAGCCAUCACCUCAGUCCUCCUUCAAAUCAAUUUUGUAUCAUCUUUCUGUGUUACUGGGUGUUCCUGCACCGAUGAUGGACCUGUCGGAAGGUCCCUGCUUUGUAUGGAAACCUCCCUGGGGCGAAUUCCUGACAACGUCCCCUCAGACUUUGUCAAAAUCCGCAUAGAGAACUCCCACCUCACAGAAAUCCCCCAGAGGUCUUUCUCUAGUGUCAGUGCCUUGGAGUCUCUGUGGCUGAACUUCAACGACAUCACUCUCAUGAACAUUAAAAGCCUGGAGGGUCUGAGCAACCUGACCGAACUGAGGCUUCAGGGCAACAAGCUCCGCUCUAUUCCGUGGACGGCAUUUCAAGACACCCCGAGCCUGAAAAUCCUGGACCUGAAGCACAACAGGCUAGAUGUGCUCCCAGAGUAUGCCCUGAGACAUUUGCUGGGGUUGACCUACUUAGACUUAUCUUUCAAUCAGCUUACCGUCAUCUCCAGGGAUGUGUUCCUCAACUGGCCCCGCUACCAAACCCCAAAGCCGGGUAGGAAUGAGGAGAAAGGGGCCAACGUGGUGCUGGCUCUCCAUGACAACCACUGGCUGUGCGACUGCCGCCUGAAGGGGUUUGUGGAGUUCAUCAAGUCAGUCAGCCCCCCGAUCAUCCUCAUGAACUCCUACCUGACCUGUGCCGGUCCCACGUCCAAAGAUGGGAAGUUCUUCCAUGAGGUGGAGCUGAGGCGCUGUAUGAAGCCGGAGACGUCCACCCCACGGGCCAACGUCACGCUGCCCAUGGGGGCUUCCACGGCGCUCCAGUGCCUGGUCAAGGCCAGACCGGAGCCCGUGGUGCGCUGGAUCUACAGCCUCAAGAACAUGAGGGGAUUCACAGUGUCCCAGACCCAGGCGGAUGAGGACACCAUUAACUCCCAGCUCCUAAUCCCAUCUCUCCACCUGGCUGACCGCGGCGUGUACACCUGCACCGCCAACAACUUCAUCGGCAACUCCUCUGUCCGGAUCACCGUCAGCAUCCAGGCGAGCAACGUCUCCUUCCCCGUCUCGCCACCCUUCCCCCUGGCCUCCGCGGAAGAGAAUGUCUACAUUAACUUCCGUAUUGCCAAGCAAACGGUGUACGGCAUCACCGUGGAAUGGUUCGCCACCACGGACAACCCGGCCCAGACGUGGUACACCAUCCACUUUGGCCGCUUUGACUCCCCCAAGAAGGACAUGAUCUACAUCGGCCCCGGCAUCACCAGCUACUCCGUGGACGCCCUGCAGCCCAUCACCAAAUACGAGGUGUGUGUGGCGCUGAAGAACCAGACCCCUCGGGCCGGCCAGUGCAUCGCCUUCAUGACGGGCAGCGACGUGAACGAGAUGGAAAAGCGGGAGCGCCUCAUCCACAUCAUCGUGAUCGUGUGUGCCAUGGUGUUAGCUGUGCCCGCCGGCAUGUACGCCUGCACCACCGACACGCGCAUAGGCGGCUGCCGGCGCCUGACUGAGAUUGUGAGGCAGCACCGGAAGAGAGAGGACACGAGCACCGACGUCGCCAUCGGGGAGCGGCAGGGCACCUUCGACAGCCUGCAGGCCCCCAGUGACGAGGCCCUGUGCCGCGGCUCCAUCGAGGCCGACAGGAUGAGGCAGAGGUCCGAAGACAAAACGCCGAAGGGCGAAAACGCCCAGCUAUACUGAACAGCUAUACUUAGAUAUUUACUGAACCAAAGCUCAGAGUACAGCUUUAAGGAGUACCAAACACAUUUCAGUCACACAGUGUAACUACAACACAGUGGUCUGCUAAAUUCAACACCUGUGUGGUCUGCACACAUUUUUUUUAAAUGUUUUUUUUUACUAAUGCAGUAAUCAGUUGUGUAGCCCCCAGAACAACACUGGAUGGUUAGAGAGCUACACAAACUCAGAAUUUUGUAAAUUACAGAAAAUUAAGCUCCUUUAAACACAGAGUUCAGAUUUACACUGCACAUCAACACCACAGCUGCACCUGAGAAUACAGGGCAACAUUGGCCAAGCUGAACUUCCGAACAAACAACUGUGUCCUCACCAGCAUAAUAUUAUUUGACAUGGCUGUACAUUUCAUGAAUAUAUAGAGAUGUUGAGGAAUUGUCCAACAGUCUUCUGUGAGGAAGAGACUGUAGAGGAGUUAGAUGCCUUCUUAAUAUUAACGGGACUUUAUCUUCCACUUUCUUUGGAGGAAUGUCAGAAUUUAUUGAAAUUUUGUAAUUUAUGUAAUUUUGGGGAAUCACAGUAUGUAUCCAGUGUUAAUUGUUUUCAAACAUUCAUUUGCUACUUCCAUGGGAAAAGGGAAAUACUAUGUAUUCGAUUUGUUAAUAACACCAAAGCUCAUGUGAAUCAUUCAUGAUUUGUUAACCAGUGGAUUUAAAUAAAUGCCUUAUAAAUAUC